UUACGCACAAACAGGGGAGUGGGGGCGCGCUUGAUGUCCUCUCUGAAGCGCUCAACCACCCCCCUGCUGUUUUAAUGUAAAGUUCGCAGUGUCCUGGUGUACGUACCGCUGUUCAGGACCCGGUUCGCAUCCAUUGACGCCUCCAACUUGAGUAUUCUCUGCAUCGGAGAGAUUCCGCAGCGAAAUUCCGCAUGGAAUGGUUUUGGGAGGAUUGGAGUAGAAAUGCAGCGCCGCACUUCCAGCCCACAACAAGAACCAUGCCCAGCUUACAUUGCAAGCAAAUCAUUGACAUCCUGUUUUAUCCAUUACGACUUUGAUAGGAGUGACAUUUGCUCGGAUACCGACGAGGAGUGAAGAAAAUAUUCACAGCAUACGAGCUGAAGGACGUUGUUUUUGCUGCAGAAGCUUGUGAACCGAAAAACCUCUGCAUUUAGGAUUUUUUAAACAUUUUUUAAAUGGAGCUGGAGAACAUAGUAGCCAACACUGUACUGCUAAAAGCGAGAGAGGGUGGAGGAGGAAAGCGGAAAGGGAGGAGCAAAAAAUGGAAGGAGAUCCUUCGCUUCCCCCAUAUAAGCCAGUGCACUGAGCAGGGAAACGACAUUGAGAGGGACUAUGUCAGCAUCUGUGAGAAACAGCCUAUCGGACGGCUACUGUUCCGUCUUUACUGUGAGACCAGACCUAAACUGCAACGAUGCAUCCAACUACUGGACGCAAUGGAAGACUAUGAAGUGACACCUGAUGAAAAAAGAAAAUGCAGAGGGGACCAGAUCAUCAAGACUUUUCUCUCAAAACAAUCACCUCAGCACGUAGACAUAGCAGAGGUCUUUGCAGACCAGUGCAGAGAGAACCUCGAGCUCAGUCCAUGUAAGGAGAUCUUCAGCAACUGCCACAAAACCGUCCAUGACUACCUGAGUGGAGCUCCGUUCUUGGACUACCAGAACAGCAUGUACUUUGACCGAUUCCUGCAGUGGAGGAUGCUGGAAAGGCAACCAAUCACUAAAGACACAUUCAGGCAGUACAGAGUGCUGGGGAAGGGGGGAUUCGGAGAGGUAUGUGCCUGCCAGGUUAGAGCUACAGGGAAGAUGUAUGCAUGCAAGAAACUGGAAAAGAAGAGGAUAAAAAAAAGAAAAGGGGAGUCCAUGGCUCUCAACGAGAAGCAGAUUUUAGAGAAAGUCAACAGCAGAUUUGUUGUGAGCUUAGCGUAUGCAUACGAGACCAAAGACGCUCUGUGUCUGGUGCUGACCAUCAUGAACGGUGGAGACCUGAAGUUUCACACCUAUAACAUGGGCACGCCGGGCUUCGAGAAAGACAGGGUCCGGUUUUACGCCGCACAAAUCUGCUGUGGACUGGAGCAUUUGCACAGGGAAUCCAUCGUCUAUAGGGAUUUGAAACCGGAGAAUAUCCUAUUAGAUGAUAAUGGACACAUUCGUAUUUCUGACCUGGGGCUCGCCAUCAAAGUGCCUGACAGAGAACUCAUCAGAGGCAGGGUGGGGACUGUGGGCUACAUGGCUCCGGAGGUGAUAAACAAUGAAAAGUACGGCAUGAGUCCUGAUUGGUGGGGGCUGGGCUGUCUUGUUUACGAGAUGACUGCCGGGCGAUCACCCUUCCGUGCCCGCAAAGAACGAGUGAAACGGGAGGAGGUGGAGAGGAGGGUGCAGGAAGAGGAGGAGGAGUAUAACGACAAGUUUACAGAGGACACAAAGGCCAUCUGUAGAAUACUGCUGACCAAAGACCCGAAGCAGAGGCUGGGCUGUCUGGCGGACAGAGCGGCGGGUGUGAAGGCCCACUCGUUCUUCAAAAGCAUCAACUUCAAGAGAAUGGAAGCAGGAAUAGUGGAGCCCCCCUUUGUGCCUGAUCCUCGGGCAGUGUACUGUAAGGAUGUUUUGGACAUAGAGCAGUUCUCCACAGUCAAGGGAGUAAAUUUGGACCAAACUGACAAUGACUUCUACUCCAAAUUUACUACAGGCAGUGUUUCCAUCCCAUGGCAGAAUGAGAUGAUUGAAACUGAGUGUUUCAGAGAUUUGAAUGUGUUUGGGCCUCAAGGGACGAGACCUCCAGAUCUGGACUGGAAUCAGCCGCCAGAGCCGCCUAGACGCAGCCUGCUGGACAGGAUCUUCAGGAGGCAUCACCCGGAGGUGUCCAUUUCCCACAGCCGUGUGCAGUCUUCCAGCGUAAACUCUGUGGACUCCAUGUCCAACUCUGCCCCCUAGUGGCACAGUGACAGUGUGGGAGCCCAACACACACAAAGGGAAGGAGCUCUGAGGGGCUUCCCCGCUGUUGAUUGGUCAACAGCCGAGGCCUAAGCCGGAGACAGCCUGUCUAAAAGCCUAAAUGGUCCGGCUGUGGGUGGGUGGGGGGUGGGGGUGGGGGGUGACCAGGCCCUGAGACCCCAGGCAUUUGUAGUGGGAUGGUCAAUGUUGGAAAGUUUGGAAAUAUUCCGACAAACAUUACUUACCCUCAGGAUUGUUGGACAAUAGAACAGAGCCACUGAUGUUGAUGAAUCAGAAAAGGAUAGAAAACAAGCUAAUAUUCAGGGGAUCCACUGUAUAAUAAAGACCACCACAGG